UGCCCAGAUCUUAUCCUGAGAAAGUUCAGAUCAGGUUGGAAUGCUGCAUUGCUGGCUUGCUGCUGCUCUCUUCUUCUCUCUACCAGUCCAGCUCCAGCAGAUUCUCCCGUUUGUUUGCUCUCCCCCCACAGAAAAGGGCGCCAGAUCAUCCACCUCCCAUUCCUCGCUAGCCAUCACAUCCACAUCCACCGCUCGCCGAGAAAGAGAAGAAGAGAAAAAAAGAAAUCUUUUUUCCGCUCUCUUCUUCUUUCUCCGAUCCAAAAUCUCACCCUCUUCUUCUUGCAGCUCUCGAGUUGACCACCCCCGCUCGUCCUCCGAAUCUCGCGCCAAUUGCGCGCGUUCUUGGAGGAGUUGGGGGGGUUUGGAUCCAAUCAAAGAAGUGGGGGUUCUUGGAUCUAGUCCUGUAAUGGCGGCGCUGGUGGAGCAUUUGCUGGGGUUGUCGUCGGCGCCGGUGGACUGGGAGGCGGAGGCCUACCCGGGGUACGGCGACUUCGCCGUGCUCCCUUUCCUCGUCGCCUUCUUCCCCGCCGUCCGGUUCCUCCUCGACCGCUUCGUCUUCGAGGCAUUAGCAAGAAGACUUGUACUUGGAAAGGGAUAUGACAAGCUUGAUGAAACAGAUGAAAGUAGAAAAAAAAUCAACAAGUGUAAGGAGUCGGCGUGGAAAUUCGUUUAUUUUCUUUCUGCAGAACUGCUUUCAUUGUCUGUAACAUACAAUGAGCCAUGGUUCAAGAACACUAGAUAUUUCUGGGUUGGGCCUGGCGAACAGAUCUGGCCUGAUCAAAAGACAAAACUCAAGCUUAAGGCUGUCUACAUGUUUGCUGCUGGAUUUUACACAUAUUCCAUCUUCGCUCUUCUGUUCUGGGAAACAAGGCGGUCGGACUUUGGAGUCUCAAUGUCUCACCAUUUGGCAACAGUUGUUUUGAUUGUUCUAUCCUAUAUUUUCAGAUUUGCUCGUGUUGGUUCAGUUGUUUUAGCUCUUCAUGAUGCUAGCGAUAUAUUCUUAGAGAUCGGGAAGAUGUCCAAGUACAGUAGCUGCGAGGGGCUAGCUAUUGUAUCAUUUCUUCUUUUUGUAGCAUCAUGGAUUAUUCUCCGUCUGUUCAUUUUCCCAUUCUGGAUCCUAAGGAGCACGAGCUAUGAAGUACUGCUGACCCUGGACAAGGAGAAGCAUAAAUUUUAUGGCCCCAUAUACUACUAUAUUUUCAACAGUCUCCUGUUCUCACUUCUAGUGCUUCACAUAUAUUGGUGGGUACUAAUAUACCGGAUGCUAGUCAAACAAAUUCAAUCUAGAGGCCAUGUCGGUGAUGAUGUUCGAUCUGAUUCUGAAGAUGAAGAAGAGCAUGAAGACUAAUCUGUGGGAGGAAUGCUUAACAGAAGAGCUAUAUAUAGUGAUCCCUACAGGAAGAUACAUCAACAUCAUACUGAAUACUUGAUUUCCAGACCAGAUCAUUUUUCAGUAUCAAACAUGGCAACCAUGAUUUGCAAUCUGCUAGCCCUCCCAUAUACUUUCCCCCUUAUAUCCACAUUUAUAAGAGAAAAUAUGCAGGAUAAGUUCGUUAAUUCAUUUGUUCAUUCUUGUAACUGUGCAGACAAUUAAUUGGUUUACGGUGCAAUCAUGUAGUGUUCUGUGGAAUUCGAACUGUAACUUGGUGUAUCAUCUCUUCUAAUGGAAAUUAUUACCAUAA